CUAAUUGAUUAAUCCCAACUGUCAAGUGGCAUAACAGAUUCAAAAGCAAAAUAUAUUUCUGUUACCGGUGUAGUUCCUCUGUUUGUUUUGUGCUGAGAAGCCGCCGGAAUUUUGUUUAUAAUAGAAUCAGCUGUAAACGAAGAUAAAGAACAGAUUAGCUGGUUUAGACUUUCAGUAGAAGUGUGGCUGCUGCUCUAUCUGGCUGUCAUUCUGGGAACCGAGUGCUAAAGAUAUAAAUUAACAAAUUAAUAUAAGAUGCUAAAACUCUUCCUCGCCGUUUUGCUUGUAUCCGGAUUCAUUACCCGCAUUGAAGCAGCGGGAUCUUGUCGGAGAGGGUAUUAUUUAUGGAGGCGAAGAUUUUGUCUCAAGAUCUCACAAAAUUCCGUCACGUGGGAUGAAGCCGUACGCGCAUGCGCGAGAGAAGGCGCGGAACUUGCUGUUGUCCAAUCAGAGAACGAGAUGAGAUUCGUGAGGGUCCUAAUGAUGAGCAGAAGGGUUAGCUCUGUUUUCAUUGGGCUGCAACGACAAGCAAGAAGUCGGGCUCUUGUAUCUUCUAACGGUGGCCUUGCUACUUACCGUGGUUGGCGUGGUGGCGAACCUCCACCUUCCAACACCCGCUCAUGUGUUACAGUGGCUGCCAACCAAGGAUAUAGGUGGGCACUGUCAAGCUGCGACCGCCCCUUGAGAUUUGUGUGCAAGUAUUUUCCAGGUCAAACUGCGGCACCGAGACGACCACGACAAAGAUGUUACGUUUGUGAUAAUGCGCGAACGAAUGAGGAGUGUAACGCAAGAGGAAUGCGGGAAUGCAUGCUUAAUGAGGAGCAGAAAAAAGCUGACCCCCCAAUAUUGCUUUCAUGCCAAAACGAGAUUCGUGUCAGCGGUGGACGGAAACUCAUCUCCAAAAAGUGCAAGCAACCUACUGCAUGCGAGAACAACUAUCUACAGAACCCAAGAGCUGCGUGGUAUCCCUCCCAAUGCUCACCCUCCCAUAAUAUGAACAGCGUGUGUAGAUGUUGUUGUACGGGAGAUUUGUGUAAUGUCAACGAGUUACCAUGUCUUUCAGAGAGUUCCUGCCCUGUUCUCUCCUUGCCUGCCCAGAGCACCGUAUCCUGUUCUAACCGGAAUAAACCGGCUUCGGUAUGCACGUUCAGCUGCAGACCUGGCUACAAGUUAACUGGAAGUCGAAGUCGUCGAUGUGAUGGUCAAAAUGGGAACUGGACUAAUGCAAACCCAACUUGCCAAAGUAUGUUAACACUCAGUGGUGUAAACUACCGACCCCGUGUAAUUCGUAAAUCAUGGCGGGUCUUGGCUCUUCUCCAGCGAGGAGUUCGGUGUUCCCCAGUGCAGCGAGCGCCACUUAGUGGUUCGAUGACGUGUACGAACUCUAACUACCAUGGUUCGACUUGUAGUUUCACUUGCGAACGGAACUUCUUCCUCCGAGGUCCAGCAACAGUCACGUGCCAACAAAAUGAACGAUGGAAUUCGAACCAACCGAGACUUUGCACACUGAUUCUCUGUACUGGCUUACGACCGCCAUCCAACGGUGGAGUAUCUUCCACUAACUCAACUGUGAUUGGUCAAAUUCGAACUUUUAGCUGUAGCGAAGGAUACCGCAUGCUCGGUGGCGACACCCUGCGGUGCGUGGACAGCAACAACGAUGGAUUCGGGGAAUACGACAAUAACCCACCGACAUGCGAAAGAAUAACGUGCUCAUUACCAUUACCUAUUCUCAACAAUGGUGACGUCAUCCCUCCUACGUCAUUAGACUACGGCUCGGUGGCGUCAUUCCGAUGUAAUUUUGGAUACUUCUUGAUUGGUUCAGACUCGAUCACGUGUGUUGAUAAUAACAAUGAUGGAGUAGGAGAGUGGAGCGGGGAUUCCCCGAUAUGCAAAUUGAUAGAAUGCCCCGUGAUCUCACCGCCGGAUAGCGGUAGAUACAACACGACUUUCCAACGUACAUUGGGCACGCAAAUGUUCGUCGUGUGUGACCCUGGAUUCUUCAUGGUGGGACUUCCCCGUCUGACGUGUACAGAUGACGAUAAUGAUGGCAAUGGGUCGUGGGAUAACCUGCCUCCGAUAUGUGAACAAAUAUAUUGCCCUGAUCUCCCACCGCUUGUAAACGGAAUGUCGUCAUUAUCGGGGGGACUUCCGGUUUGGGGAGCAAUCGCGUCAUUCAAUUGUGACGUAGGUUACUUCCUAGAGGGCGCUGGAACGCUUGAGUGUGUGGAUACGAAUAACGACGGGGAAGGAAAUUGGAAUCAACCAUUGCCAAUAUGCAGACAAAUAACGUGUCCCACCCCCACACAACCCACAAACGGGAGGUUUGUAAAUACGCCAGCAGUUAUUUACGGCUCAGUGGUUGAGGUCACGUGUAAUUCUGGCUACUUUCUGAUUGAUCAGUCUUUAAAAGAGUGCGGUGACGUUAACGAUGACGGAAUCGGGGAAUGGAAUGGGGAGUUCCCCACUUGUAGACAAAUCACAUGCGACGAGCCACUACUACCUCCUCAAAACGGGGAAAUCACCGACUCACCGCCCGCAGUGUGGGGGUCGGUGACGUCAUUCACAUGUGCCAUAGGUUACUUCAUGGAUGGGGAAGCGUUUGUGACGUGUGAGGAUUCAAACAAUGAUGGGAUUGGGGAAUGGAAUUCGUCUUCUCCUGUUUGUAACCUAAUAUCGUGCCCCCUUCUCGUCGCCCCUUUGUCCGGAUCCUUAUCCACCCCCAAUGUGACGUAUGGUACCAACGUCACGGUUACGUGCAACGAGGGCUACUUCCUGUUUGGUCAAGACACUACGCAGUGCGGUGACGUAGACCGUGACAUCAUUGGUGAUUGGUUGAGCGCUUUGCCUGAAUGUGAACCGAUCAUGUGCCCAACUACUGUUCCUUCUCCUUUGAACGGAGUUGCUACUCUUCCUGGCGUCACUGACUACGCUUCUGUGACGUUAUUUCGGUGUGACUUUGGCUACUUCCUGAUUGGUUCAGACUCGGUCACGUGUGUUGAUAAUAACAAUGAUGGAGUCGGAGAGUGGAGCGGGGAUUCCCCGAUAUGCAAAUUGAUAGAAUGCCCCGUGAUCUCGCCGCCGGAUAGCGGUAGAUACAACACGACUUUCCAACGUACAUUGGGCACGCAAAUGUUCCUCAUGUGUGACCCUGGAUUCUCCAUGGUGGGACUUCCCCGUCUUACGUGUACAGAUGACGAUAAUGAUGGCAAUGGAUCGUGGGAUAACCUGCCUCCGAUAUGUGAACAAAUUUACUGUCCCGACUUGCCCCAGUUAGAAAAUGGCAAUGUCACGUCUUCUACGCAAUUUCCGGUGUGGGGGUCAGAACAAUCGUUCAAUUGUGACGUCGGCUACUUUCUGAUCGGUAGCGCCUCCAUACGGUGUGUUGAUGUUGACCUAGAUGGCGCUGGAGAGUGGGACAAGGCGAUGGCUGUUUGUCAACAAAUAACUUGUCCCAUCCCUGCACAACCCACAAACGGGAGGUUUAUAAAUACACCGGAAAUUACUUACGGCUCAGUGGCUGAGGUCACGUGUGAUGUUGGCUACUUUCUGAUUGGUCAACCUUCGGGAGAGUGUGGUGACGUCAACGGUGACGGAAUCGGGGAAUGGAAUGGGGAAUUCCCAACUUGUACACAAAUUACAUGUUUGGUUCCGGUUCCUGCACCCCAAAACGGAAGCAUUGUGACGUCAUCACCUGACAAUAUAUACGGAAGUGACGUCACCUUCGACUGCAAUGUUGGUUUCUUCCUUAUCGGUAGCGCCACCACGCGGUGUGAUGAUAGUAACGAUGACGGAAUCGGGGAAUGGACCAAUCAGGCGGCAGUUUGCGAUCGAAUCACAUGUUCACCUUUAAACCCGCCCGACAAUGGAGUGUUUAUUGCGUCACAAUCACUUCACUUUGGCGCAACAUUAGUAACAAGAUGUUUAGAUGGGUAUUAUCUUGUGGGAAACCCUACGCUUUUAUGCGAGGACGAAAACAACGAUGGUCAGGGCGAAUGGAACGGAACGUUGGCGACUUGUUCACAAAUCACAUGCGACGGUCCACUACUACCUCCUCAAAACGGGCAAAUCAUCGACUUGCCCCCUGCAGUGUGGGGGUCAGUGACGUCAUUCACAUGUGACGUAGGUUACUUCAUGGAUGGGAAAGCGUUUGUGACGUGUGAGGAUUCAAACAAUGAUGGGAUUGGGGAAUGGAAUUCGUCUUCUCCUGUUUGUAACCAAAUUUUUUGUCCUGUGUUGACCUCACCCGACAACGCGACCAUUCCAUCCAAUCACGGGCGAGCUUUUGGUGAUAACGUAACCAUGACAUGUGACCCAGGCUUCUUUCUUAUUGGUCGAGACACAGUAGAAUGUGGUGACGUGAACAAUGACGGCACCGGAGAAUGGACGUCAAGUUAUGGGGCUUGUGAACAAAUAACAUGCAUCGAUUUACAAACACCUAUUAAUGGAUUCGUGGCUUCAAGCCCCCCGUACGUUUGGGGUUCUGUGGGUUCCUUUCGGUGUUUCCCCGGGUAUUACCUCAACGGAAGCAUAACGUCAUUGUGUGAUGACGUAGACGAUGACGGAGUUGGAGAUUGGGCCUUACCUCCCCCCGUGUGCGAACUUAUACUAUGUCCCGACCCUGGCUCCCCAUCCAAUGGAGUCUACACAUCAUCUGCAACUGAAGCCACAGUUGGAUCCCUUCUUAGCAUCGAAUGUUUCGAAGGUUUUACAAACGUCACUAACACUGAUGACGUCAUAUGUGCCAGUGUUCCCGGAUCAAAGAUUGGUCGAUGGAUAGGAGUAUUGCCGUUCUGUACAGCUAUCAUUUGCAACAGCAUCUCUUGGGCCCCACCUGGCGGCAUGUUUGCUUGCAGUCUAUCCACCGCAUACGGGAGUAACUGUGCGUUCCGAUGCAGUAGGGGUUACCACCUGGUUGGAUCAAACUCCAUUCAAUGUGGGGAUGCCAAUAAUGACGGGGUUGGUGAAUGGUCGGCAGAUUUUCCUGUCUGUAACGAGGUCAUUUGCAUCCCGAGCUUAAGUGCGCCGUCUAACGGGAGCAUAAAUUGCACCGACUUUAGUCAACUUGACUCACAAUGUCACUUUUCAUGCGAUAAUGGCUUCUUCUUACGUGGCAAUGACAUCAUAACGUGCAAUGAUGACGACAACAAUGGAGAAGGAGAGUGGAGUUCAAAUCCAGCAACUUGUAAAGAGAUAACAUGUCAAGUUCAAAACUCGCCAGUCAAUGGAAGCAUCUCUUGUACGCGAGGUGUUUUAUACGGCAGCGCUUGUUUCUUUGAAUGCAACCCUGGUUAUUCCUUGGUGGGCUACGAUACUGUGUUGUGUGGGGAACCCAAUAGUGAUGGCGCUGGCCAGUGGAGUAUAGAAGAGGAACCACCUACAUGUAUUAGCAACGAGUGCUCACCAGAAAGCGUUGCCCCAAGGAACGGCUCAGUUACCUGUAGUUAUGGAAAUUUAUUUGAAAGUGAAUGCGUGUAUACCUGUGCGGUGGGUUACCGCUUAGUGGGAUCGGAGAGACGAAGAUGUCUUUCGGAUAGCACGUGGGACGCACCGGAACCAAUUUGUGAACUUUUGCGAUGUCUCCCGGUUCCUGUUAACCCACAAGAUGGUUUGGUGUUUUGUACGAACGGGAACAUGUUUGGUAGUGUGUGUAACUUCUUUUGCGACCUGAGCUACGAAAGAGUGGGGGCUUCCAGCAGCACGUGUUCAGUGGAUACGGAUGGUGACGGGUUCGGGGAAUUUAUCGGAGGUUACCCCCUCUGUGAACCAAUUUACUGCGACGAGCUGGAAUCUGUAGAAGUAGGUGGCAGAAUUGUGUGUGGUAUUGGACCCAUGCAGUCGGAGACGAAUAGAUAUGGGUCGGAAUGUGUAUUGGUAUGUGACGAUGGCUGGCGACCAAAUGGGCCAAGUAGAGCGACUUGUCUCGGUGCUGGGAGAUGGACUGCAAACAUAGGAAGCUGCAUAAGAUACCAAUGUUUCCCUGGCCUUUCAACCCCUGAUUUUGGUUUCAAGACAUGCACGACCAGCAAUGACGCGUUGGGGACGGUUUGUAACUUUUCGUGCGACACCGGCCGGCGGUUGUUAGGCGAUACAUCGGUCACGUGUCAACAAUCUGGAACGUGGACCGCGUCGAGCCCCACCUGCGUUGUAUGACGUCAUAAUCACACAAAACGCUAAUCGUGGUUACGUGGGGUUAUUCGCAUUGCAUGCUAGAUAGGUUUAUUUUUAUGUUGAAUUAUUUAUCAGUUUUGAGCAGUGCUCGACAGAACCUAUAUAGGACAAGGUAUACAGCUCAAGGUGGUAGGGUUAGUUCUUCAGAAGUUGCGUCCGCACCUAUUUCUAAUGUCAUUAUUAGCAAAACUUUAUAAUUCAAUUUCACUUUUAUGUUUGACCUAUAUGCGUUUACUAAAUUAAGAACAAUUUCUGACUUAAAAUUGUCCUAAAACUGGUGUUUAUGUACAUCUUAUAAUCUGGCCCCAAUCACCUACACAUAUCACGAAAUGUAUCUGAAUCCAGUCUUUUGGUAACGCAAUACAAAUCUUCAAGUUAUAAAUGCUUCAGGUUACUUCCCUUCUUAUAGGCUGCAUCAAUUUAUUUAACCUCCGCUUUUUUUCUCUCUUAUAUGUUCUUUAUUAUUUUGUCUUGCACCAUAGAUCGUUAUUUAUGUUUUGCGUUUUUGCGAUUUAAAUUAAAAGUCACAUUUGAAAAUACUUUGUGAAUGUAAUUUACUGUUAUAUGACCGUGACUUAGUACCUAAAAGGCAAAUAACUGGUAACUGUAUAGUAUACUGGGUUCGAAGCUCAGUGCUUGGUCGUUUUUAGAAAAAACUUUGUUGCUUUUAUAUUGGCUUAUAUUCGAAGUAUAUAGUCGACUGGGGGAAGACGGGACACCUUUAGCACAGCUUAUCUCAAUAUCCUGAUUGCGUUUUAAACAAUUAACAACGGCCUAUGGAAGUUGUGAAAAUACGUUUUAAUUAUUCUUUGAACGUUCUUUGUUUACUACCAAAUAGGUCGAGAAAGUAUAAUGAUAAGGUGUCCUAUCUUCCUAUACAUACAUAAUGGUGUAAGUAUCUGCCUUGUAUGCAUUAUCGACAUGGAGACUGUUGUUUCGCCAGACCGAUAAUAAAUAACCACAAAAUAUAUCAACACAC